AUGACUACUGGAACUGAUAAUACUUACGAUUAUAUUGUCUGCGGUGGAGGGACCUCUGGCUGUGUGGUUGCUGGUCGUCUAGCUGAAAACCCCGAGGUCAAAGUCUUGCUGUUGGAGGCUGGACAGCACAGUAAGGACCUGGAGAAUGUUCAUAUGACCGGCGGGUGGUCAAACAACUUCGAUGGCGAGACCGAUUGGAACUUCGUCACUCCUCCAAUGGCGGGAGUUGACAAUCGCCAAGUGAAGCUGAGCCGUGGCCGAUUCCUUGGAGGAUCCAGUGGGUGCAAUGGCACGCUUUGCAUUCGCGGCAACAAGCAGGAUUAUGAUGACUGGGGACUAGACGGGUGGAGUGGGAGGAGUUCUUCAAGUAUAUGCGAAAGGUGGGUCGCAAUAUUCCACGCCUCAAGGGCGAUAAAUACCGAAUAUGGAUACUCGGAAACAUUUCACCCAAAGGCGUGGUUCCAGGCCGACAAAGAGAGUCACGGAUACUCCGGUCCUCUUCACACAGAGCCGCAUGAUCUAGCGCCAAUCUCCCAGCUUUUAAUGGAUUCUUAUGUCUCACAAGGCAUGCCCUUGCAUCAUGACAUGUUCAGCACUGGCGAUGUUGCACAAGGAUGUGGCCAUGUACCUCGCACAGUGUACCAGGGCCUUCGGACAACAAGCGCAGACUUCGUCACCAACAAGAACCACCGUGGGAACAUCACCAUUAAGACUGAUACCACUGUCGACAAAAUCAUCUUCAGCAAGCAGGCAAACGAGACCCGCGCUUCCGGUGUAGUCACGCAGACCUCAGGUGGCGGCUCUAAGACCUACUACGCUCGAAAGGAGAUCAUCAUCUCCGCAGGCGCCUACUGCAGUCCGGCAAUCCUCCUUCGAUCUGGCAUCGGGCCCAAGGCAGAGCUCGAACAACAUAAUAUUCCAUCUUUAGUCAAUCUACCAGGCGUGGGCAAGAACCUAAUGGACCACCUCAUCGUAUUUAUGUUCUACGAAACCGAAAAGCAAGGCCUAACAACCGACCACCACGUCUACCACGGCGACAACUUCGACCGAACCUACGCACAAUGGAAAGAGAACAAAACCGGCUUCCUAUCCACCUUCCCCUUCGGCAGCUUCGCCUUCGCGCGCCUCGACGACCGACUACAAGACGAGCCUCUGUGGAAGAACGCCCCCCGCGAACCAGGCCGUGAUCCCAUGGGCCUUACACCACGGCAACCGAACAUCGAGUUCUUCACCACAGAGUGCUACGGUGGUCCGAAGCAAUACGACCAAUUCCCGAUUAAUAAUCAGCACGCGUUUUCCAUGAUUGCAGAGCUGUUUUCGCCGAAGUCUCGUGGCUCGGUGGUUCUCGAAUCGGCGGAUGCGUCGGUGAACCCGGUUGUUGAUUGUAAUUAUCUGGAUGAUCCACUUGAUCUGUUGGUUCUUAGUGAGGCAUGUCGGUUUGGGAAUGAGAUUGUUAUGCAGGGUGCCGGGACCAAGGAUAUUGUCAAGGGGUCUUGGCCGCCGAAUUUGAAUCAUCAUACUUAUAAAUCGAGGGAGGAAUGGGUUCCGUAUGUGAAACAGCAUGCGACUACUUGUUACCAUGCGGCGGGCACUUGUGCUAUGGGGAAGAAGGAUAAUCCCAUGGCUGUUCUCGAUGAGAAAUUGCAGGUCAGGGGUGUUUCGGGGUUGCGAGUUGCUGAUUGCAGCGUCAUGCCUACGUUGCAUGGAGGACAUACCCAGAUGCCGGCUUAUGGCAUUGGAGAGAAAUGUGCGGAUUUGAUCAAAGAGACAUGGCGGAUGGCGGGCAAUGUCUAUCCUCGCAUCUGA